GUUUGGGUGAUUAAAGAUGGUCUGUAGCUUACUACAGCUUUCUUCGGGCUCCUUCUUCGGCUAUACAACUUUCAUAACAACAUUGGGAGAGAAAUAUGCGUAUUUGUAAUGGAAUCGAAUGAGCUGUAGAGAGUUGCAUCUACGGAUUCAUUAAGAGGAUAAUUGCAACGGUUAGGGGUGAUACUUUACGAGGAUUAUGUCAUUAACUGGAACUAAAGCCCUCAGCCACCCAUAACUGUGUGACAGCUAGCUAUGAGUAACCCAGGCAGCAAGCCGGUCGUAUUUGACCAGCAUCCGUAAAGGACUUUCAAGUUUCAAGGUGGGCGAAAUAGCCAUAAUUGCUCCACAUAAAAGCUAUAUCAUAACUAGCUGUAUGAAGAGUCCAGCUAUAAGAAGUUCACAAUUUUGCAGCCAUUGCAGCAACCCUUAGUGUACACUGAACCUCAUGUAUAUGAAUGACUACUACACGUCUUGAUCUUGGAAUAAUUGAACAGCUCUUAUGGAACAACACUCAACGAGGCCAGUUCAGGAGGACAUUUCAUUCAUCACAAGAUAAUCUAGACUUUCUUAAGCGACAAUGGCUGACGUUCCUGAGGCUAAACCUGCCCGUUGCCGGCACUCCAACGACGGGGAGCAAGACGAGAAAACAACCCGGAAGGCAGAGCAAGGAAAAGUCGCCUCACGGAAAGCCCCAAAAGCCUCAUCACAGAUAGCCUCACGGAGUCACGGUGGGUCAGAAGCCUCCGCACAGCACUCUCACGGUAGGAGGCUAUCGGGGUCGAUAGACCAAGGAGGUAGCGUGAGCUCGGAGGUACCAUCAAGUAGAGGUAGCGUGAGGUCUGAGGUAUCAUCCGAUAAACACAGAGGCUCUGGGCGGAAUAGCCUGGCCUCAGCUGAUACUGAUAGCAUCACCUCAGAUGUCUCUGCCGGGAAGAGGUCAAGUGUAAGUGGGAGGUAUGGGUCAAGUGAGGUCCAAGAUGGGGCGUAUUCAACAGAUGAGGACCUUUCCAAAUCAGCCUCAACACUUCACGGCGUACGCGAUGGGCGGUCGAUGGGCUCUAUGAACUCUAUAGGAAAUGAACCUCAAAGUGACGCCUCAGAUCGCCACAGUGAGGACAACCGGAGGGAUGAUGAAUAUGAGGUUAGGAAUAGAGCGUCCAGUCGCCAGACUAGUUCUAGUGCUUACUCCAAAGAGUUGGAGUACGGGGAUGAGGGAACACCGAGCGAUUUGACGGCCGUCUUCUCCUCGUUUAUCACGGUCAUCCAUGAGGAGACAGAGCGCCUCCAGAGAGCGGAGAGCCUCGGGAGCAUUGAGACGUCGCACGUGCGAGGGGUCCUUGGUGAGCUGUCGGAGACGCUGAGGGAGAGUGAGGACCAGAGCUUGAGGUUGUUUGAGGGCAUCGAGGCGAUCAGGGAGGCUGCCCAGGGACUGAAGAAGACUCUGGAGGCAAGGCUGAAUCGAUCCAAUGAUGCGGAGGCUGAAGCCAUGGUGGACGAGAAGGAUAAUACAGAUAACAAGAAGGCACACUCUCGGGCUGUUGCCGCCGUCACUGCAGCCAAAGCCCUGCUGGCGGAAGUUGCCCUGGACGUCGCCUCGGCCACCCAGAUGGCAGCCGAAGCAGAGACCGCCGCUGCCGAAGCAGCUGCGGCCGCAGAGACGGCCAAGGAGGAACUCGCUGAGAUCGAAGACCGACUGGACCAGGUUGAAGAUGCUGAACGGCCAGAGGAAGAUGCGGCAAGUGAGGCAAGCGGAGCAGUUGAUGAUGAACAAAAGGAGGACAAAGAAGAUGCAGAAGAUCGUCUUGAAGAUGGUCCCGAAGAGGAACUUUCUCUCAAUUGGGAUAGUCAAGAAAAAGAAGAGAACGAGGAUGCAAGAUCCCUCUCAAGCCGUGCCCCUUUGAGACAAGGUGAAGAUUCUGUGGAAGGCGACGCUCAAGAAGACGAACACGAGGAGGAUGAGGAAGAGAAAGAAGAUGAAGGCGAAGAGAACAAUGAAGAUGUGACAGUUGGAGAUGGUGAGAACAAUAAGGAGGAGGAUGAUAAACCGGAGGACACACCCAAACCACCUCCCUCACCGAAGAGGAAAAGGAGUAUCAAAGAGAACGUCUUGGAUUGGCCGCACCAAAUAUUAAACCUUCCCGAUGAUGACGUCACUGAUGACGAAAUCGGCUGCGUCAUUCGCCUCAAGGAAGAGUACUUCACCACAACCGUGCCGGAGUUCCGUUGCGUCAUCAACAACAACCUGAGCACUGAUGCAGUCGCAGACAGCGAGGAGCUUGUCAGCCAUGUUGUCACCGUCGAGCAGGUCUUUGACGACGACAGUAACGUCAUUGUCAGUGAGCUCGAGGUACCGAUUGUCGUUGCGAUCCCGUACAAUGUGAGUGCACGGAUGUUGAGCACGAAGGAGUUUGUGGUGAAGUUCAGAGGUGGGAACGAGGAUGCGUGGAAGGUCGUCCCCAUGCUGGUUGCGGAUAGCUCUUUUGAGGAGCACAAGGGUCCAUUUGCCGAAGUGCGGACCUACAACCUGGGUUCAUUCGCAGUGGUGACUCGUCUGAACAAGGAACGGCAGACGAUAACGAAGAAGGGUGGGGUGGUCAAGUCGUCCAGUGACUCCCGUAUGAACGUGUCCUACCCGCCCGGUGUCUGUUCACUAAUGAGCGUCACCUUACAGGUUCAACCAGCAGAGCAGGCAGUGGGUGACCUCCGUGCCCGAAUGCGGCACUGCUCCGAUCUCAUCGCCGCAAGCCCCAUCAUCCACCUCAGCCACUCCCCGGGAAAACCCUUUGAUACACCCGUCACCGUCACCAUCCCCUGCCCGCCAAACCCCCUCAAGGUCCCCGCAGCGACCACGGCCAACAGCACCGCGGGGAAGACACCAGAGAAACAAGCCCCGCUCUCACCGGACGGAGCUGUGAUCAUACGCGGGACGAAGAGCAGUAUCUUCGGCGGGGAUCCGGCUGAGGACACGCUUCACCUGAUGCACCGGCAGUCGAAUUGGGGGUAUUGGAACGAGGUGGAGAAUGCCAACAUCAAACAAGUCAGGAAGGAUCUGGUGUCCAUCGAGUUGGACAAGCCAAUGGAUAAAGUCUUAAUACUCCGGAUGACAGCAGACGGUCGUUACCCAGCCAAGAGCGUAGCCCAAACCUUCGAGAAGGCCCUCCAAAUCAAGUACGCCACCAUCUUACUCCACCACCGCGAGGACGAUCCCCAGCGCGUUUUGGUACAGUGUGUACCCUCGAGACAGCUAGAGGGCGCUCUCAGGCGGCUGAACCAGGACGGUUACGAGGGACCCCCCGAGCCUAGUGGGGAUAUAGCUAUGACGGAGGGACAGGAAAUUACAAUGAGAUUUACUGGUAACAUAAAGAUAGUCGGCCGUGACCAGAUCACGUUUACGUUUCACACCCAAAGGAGGAAUGUCAUCGAGUUUAGCAUCGACGAGAUCAAUAAGUUUGGCAAUCACAGCUCGGAAGAGUACCGGGGAAUGGCUGAAUUCUACGGCAGGCCACGCAUCACGCUCGCUGACAUGGAGGAUCCGGAAGAGGUUCUACUCCGGGAAGCUGAUGCAAAGGCCGCCGAAAAAGACAGCAAACACUCGGGGUCGUCCAUGCUGACCAAAUCAGACAAGAAGAAGCCAGACGGGGACGGUAUGGGCGGACGAGACUACCAACAAAGCUUGAAGAAGAUUGAGACCGAUUUGAUCUGUAAACUUCCUGUGUCAAUACCAAAGGCUGAGCCAGAGCCGCCCCUUCCACCCAGUAGAUACCGUGCUACUGCCAUCGAUGUAGGAGGUACGGUGAGCAACGCCAAUCUGCGUUGGUUAUCUACAGAGUUAGGGAACGAGUGGGAGUCACUCUCAGCCGCAUUGGGCAUCAAGAGGAGUCGUCUACAGAGCAUCAAGAGAAAUAAUCCCAUCAAGGUGGACCAGCAAGUCCUUGAUAUGUUGGUGACUUGGAGGAGCAUGCUACCCCGAGCCUACGACAAAGAGAGGAAGUUAUGCCGUGCUCUGGUCAAAUGCGGCCGGUACGACCUGGCUGAGGAACUGAAAGAAAGAGACGCAACGGCAACGGAGUUUAGUAACAACAACGUCAAUAUGCUAGAUGUUGAUGAUUAUUGAACCGGGCAAGAUGAGAGUCUUGGAGUCUUGGUUCAAAAUCUCCUGUACUGUAUGUAGACUUUAUGCACGCGAUGUCAUAUCAGUAGGGCGCCCUCACCUAAAGGUCAAAAAGCGGUCGUUGAUUGGUCAAACCUGUGUGCCGUGCGUACAAAUCACAGUGUUUUUUUUUUAUAGUUGAUCUCCAUUAAAUUUUUGCUAUAUAAAUGUGUUUUAUUGUUAUACUGACGAUGUUUUUGAUUGAUACGUCAUUGUUUUACCUCUAAGAUGGCGGUUGAAUGACGUCAAUGCAUUAUGUAUAUCACAAGAGGGCGGGCUCUCACCAUAGACCACUAUCACCUCCGAGAACUGUAGGAGAGUAUUUGAACCAACACUAUAGCGGGAUGAUCGUGAUGGAAAAAGAAACGCGCAGGAAAGUGACAUCAAAAGGACAUUGACCCAUUGCACAACGCACCCUUACGCACCUUAGCUUGUCCGCCGUUUUGAAAAAAAAAAAAUAUAUUACCUGGUAAGUCUACUGCCGCCUUUGCUCCCAAAAAGUUCCCCCACCCAUUUUUAUACAAAAUGGCGGAAAUGGUAGACGCGCAUUUUAGUUGAGAAAUUGAAGUAACAAACAGUAUACGGAUAUUCGUGUGUUAGAUAAAAUAAUGUAGGAACUUUGUAUACCACUGCAGAUCUGUUUUCAUUUAUUACCACAUCAUACAAAUUCACCAUACAAAAACAUUUUCAUGAAAACGAUUAUUAUUCAUCAUCAUGGACAGUAUUAGUUUUACACUUUCACCUCGUUGGUUUUCUUUUUGCAAAUUUACCAUUAUUUUUUUGAAACUUAAUUUUAAAGGCAGUGGACACUAUUGGUAAU